CGCUUCUUUUUCUCAAGUUUUCUUCUAUAUCGAAGAAAAUAUGGGUCUGAAAGGCAAGUUGAUUGCUUCAGUAGAGGUGAAGUGUGGAGGACACCUGAUUCAUGAUAUUUUUCAUACCAAUACUCAUCAUAUAUCCAACAUAAGUCCUGGUAAGGUCCACAAAGUUGAUAUUGAUGAAGGUGAGAUCGUAAAAGUUGGUUCGAUUGUUAGUUGGAAAUAUAAUGACGAUGGAAACGAUAAAAUCUGUAAGCAGGUGAUUGAAGCUGUGGAUCAUCAGAAGAAAUCAAUCACUUGGAAAGUGAUUGGAGGGGAUCUGUUAGAGUUGUACAAUUCCUUCACUAUGAUCUCAUCCCAUGACCACCAAUGGACUACAUGGACAUUUGUGUACGAGAAGAAAACUGAAGACACUCCAGACCCUCUCGUUUUCUUGGGUUAUGCCCUACGUGUCACUAGAGAUAUAGAGGGUCACCUUCUCAAGUAAUAUAUAUAUAUAUAUACAUGCAUACAUGUCAUAUACAUAUUUCUGUGUCUGCGUGAUGAGUAUUUGGCAAUAUUGGCUAGUUGUAGCUAGCUGCGUGUGAAAUAAAUAAUGUUGUGUUUGAAGAAUAUAUUAUAUAUCCAAUGGUGAAUAUAUGUAAGAUAUUA